GCUGUGGUCAGUUUUGGACUUUCCCCCGGUCUUGGAGCGGGUUCCAAAUUUGUUCCGCUCGGCAGCGAAGCGUCCCAAGGGAGGGCCAGGAGCCGGACUCCAAUCUCUUUCCGUACACCUGAGUGAUGUCUCACCCGUCAUGGCUGCCCCCCAAGAACUCCAGCGAGCCUGUCGGUCAUGUGACUGCACGGAUGGAGACCACCCAUGCCUUUGGGACCCCCAGCCUCUCCGUAUCUACUCAGCAGACACCCAAGAAGUUUGCUCCUGUGGUGGCCCCCAAACCCAAGUACAAUCCCUACAGACAAGCCGAAGGGGAAGGUGAUUUCCCUCCACCGCCACCCCCUCCAUCAGAAGACCCUGGGUACCUCCCGCCCCCUCCAGGCGCUUUCCCUCCUCCGCCUCCUCCGGAUCAAGCCCUUUUCAACAUUGAGGUGAAUCCAGGGGCCAAGACGCUGGAAGAGAGACGCUCCAGCCUGGAUGCGGAAAUCGACUCCUUGACGAGCAUCCUGGCUGACCUGGAGAGCAGCUCGCCUUAUAAGCCACGGACUCAACAGGGCUCCAUGGCUCCAGGAGGAUCUCCAGUGGCGACCCCUCCCGUGUCCACACCGGUCACCAGCCACAAGCGCAUGGUCAUCCCCAACCAGCCGCCCCUGACGGCCACCAAGAAAUCGGCUUCCAAGCCAGCCGGCCAGCCAUCUCCAAUCCCCGUGACCCCUGUGGGCACCCUGAAGCCUCAGCCCGUCCCAGCCUCUUACGCCACGGCCUCCACCCCCACCCGGCCGACUUUCAACGUGCAGGUGAAGUCGGCUCAGCCCACUCCCCACUACCAGCCUCCGGCCCCCCAGUACAGCAGCUUGGUCCCGAACCAACCCCCCCAGCCUCCGCCGGCGGCACCCUACGCUCUGUCUCAGCCUCGUGGGCCCGAUUACAGCUAUGCACCCCAUCCCAUACACUAUCCGGAGCCUAACUACAGCUACGCGCCCCCGCCUGCUCACUACCAAGAAUCCGGCUUCCACGGAGGCCCAAGCUACGGAGGGCGAAAUGGUACGGAGCUGUCCUACCUGCCACAAAACACCUGGAAACCUGAACCCAUGCAUCCUGGCGGGCAGAACCCUUCAUCAAAUACCAAGAAAACCUCAAUCGCCGAACCUACUCCAGUGCUGCAGCCGUCUUCGUUGCAACCAAAGAGCGGACAGGCGGGCCCCAAUCCUCCUUUAUUCAGACCAGAGGAUGAGCUGGAGCACCUGACCAAGAAGAUGCUGUAUGAUAUGGAGAACCCCCCUUCAGAUGACUACUUCGGCCGCUGCGCACGUUGCGGAGAGAACGUCGUGGGGGAAGGGACCGGCUGCACGGCGAUGGACCAGGUGUUCCACGUGGACUGUUUCUCCUGCAUGACCUGUGGCAACAAGCUUCGGGGGCAGCCUUUCUACGCAGUGGAGAAGAAAGCCUAUUGCGAGCCCUGCUACAUCAACACCCUGGAGCAGUGCAGCAUCUGCGCCAAGCCCAUCAUGGAGCGGAUCCUCCGCGCCACCGGCAAGGCCUACCACCCCCACUGCUUCACCUGCGUGAUGUGCCAGCGCAGCCUGGAUGGCAUCCCUUUCACCGUGGACGCAGGGGGCAACAUCCAUUGCAUCGAGGAUUUCCACAGGAAAUUUGCCCCUCGCUGUUCUGUCUGUAAGGAGCCGAUUAUGCCCGCCCAGGGCAAGGAAGAGACUGUCCGUAUUGUGGCCUUGGACCGGGACUUCCACGUGCAGUGCUACCGGUGUGAGGACUGUGGCGGGCUCUUGUCCGAAGGAGACAAUCAAGGCUGCUACCCUCUGGAUGGCCACAUCCUUUGCAAGACGUGCAACUCGGCCCGGAUCCAGGCCCUCACGGCAAAGGCGAGCACUGACCUCUGAGUGCGCUC